AUGGUGACUCGCGAGGUGCGGAUCAAGCAGGGCUGGCUGCAGGGCCUGGUGAUGGAGCUGCAGAGCCCCAACCUCGGCCCCGUGGACGCCUUCCUGGGCGUGCCGUACGCGCUGGCGCCCGUCGGCUCCAAGCGCUUCGUGCCGCCGUCGGCGCCGCCGCCGUGGGAGGGCCUGCGAGAGGCGUUCAGCUACGCGCCCGUCUGCCCGCAGCGGCCACCCAACAUGCAGGACGUCAGCGACGAGCGCUACAACUACCUCAAGCGGCUGCUGCCGUACCUCUCCAACACCAGCGAGGACUGCCUCUACCUCAACAUCUACGUCCCGCAGCAAGUCUGCGGUGGCCGCGAGCACGUUACGCUGGCGGGCUCCAGACCUCCGACGCUCACCGCAUACCACCUGCUGGGCUCCGCUCCGCGAAAACGGCAGCACACUCCUGGGGUCGCACUGCUGCCUGUAGAAGGCCGCCGUCUCGAUAUUAGCCCUGGAGGCGGGCGCAAGAUACCGUCUAUCGUGCUAUUGCUGCUGUGGUCGUCCUGCGGGUCACCGUUCUUGCUGCUGGAUUAA